AUAAAGACCAAAAUAUAUGUUUCCAUCAAUUCUUUGCUUGCUACAGAUCUUAUGUGUGAAACUAUAUCAAAGGAACGUAUUUGUCCGUGAUCUGUUACAUGUUCAUGAAAUUACAUAAUUAAAAUGAAGUAAGGAUAUCUUAAUGCAAGAUUUUUGAACAAAACAGGGAAUACAUUGUUCUUUUCUGUAGAUAUGAUAUCGCCCUUCACCUGAGUGUAGGGAGGAUGUAUAGAUUUCGUCAUACACGCCACUUUCGAAAAUUGGAGAAAGUGAAAUUAUAAGAAUAAGUAUUGAGAAAAUACAACCUUUUAGCUGUUUAACUCUGUAUGAUUGUGUAUAAUGAUUUCCGAAACUCAUGCCAGUGCCAAUACAGCCAAAAAUUAUGUCCUUCGACAUUUUUUUCAUUCACAUAAAGGCUUCGACACAACUUACGAUUUGCAACUUGGGGUAAGUGUAUUCUUUAUGUCAUAAUACUUAUAUUAUUAGAAAACCUUUGCCACCAAUCCAAAUAAUUUUCACAGUUUUAAGACUCUACUUUAAUUAAAAUGGAUAUAAUUAUAAUGGUUAUCUUAAUGAAUCCACAAGUAUGACUGAUAUGUAGACUCGAAAUGAAUUGAAAUGAAAUAUUACUUAAUUUAGCACCUCUGUAUGAGUUCUCAACAAUAGCGUGCUGUGUCUGCAUGUAUAUUCUUGCCUUGCAAAUAUUUCGUUGUUCACUUCUUGUAGAAACAAACAAGAAAAUAAUGAAUAAACAAUCUAUAACAAAGUAGCAGGCUCUCUAUACGCUAUAUGACUGUAAUACGACCACAUUAAUAUAAAUGUGCAGUAUCUUUAUCUGUUAAAAGCAAAGUGUGACACAAACUAUUUUGUCACUCCAGUUUUUCAUCAAAAAAGUCAAAGCAAAAAUGUAAAUACAUAAAUGAUUAGAACUUACAUGCAAGAAGUUGCAAGACUUAAGUGUACCUUUGUCUUUUGUGUUUAAAAAGAAUGUGUUUGCGUAAGACACUAGAUCAGCUUAAUUGUUUCAGCAUCUUACUGAAUUCAAACCAUUUAAAAACUCGAUACUUCAAGACAUGCUACAUCGUUUUAAUGAACGCUAACAACAGUAGAAGAGAAAAAAUUAAAUACUUCAGUCAAUCAAUAAAAAUGUUUUCUUUCCUUUUUUGUCUUAUUCUUCUUCAAACGAUAGUCGUUGAUGCAAAGACUAUGGAGUUGCACUCAUCAACGCGAGUCAUUGCACAAAGUUGUCUGGAUUACCUUAAAAAAGGCUACAAAUCUGAUGGUUUCUACAAAGUCCGCGAUUUUAAAGCGAACAGGAUCAUUACAGUCUAUUGUGACUUGACCUCGGAAUCUGGAUCAGCCUGGACGUUGGUCAUGUCGUUUGCAUUUAAAAAUAGACAAGUAGAACAGUUUAAAAAGAAAGGCUUACAAGAAGACGCUCCGGUAAAUGAGAAUUCGCCUAACUGGGAGAUUUAUCGUAUGAGCCACUAUCAAAUGAGUUAUCUGAAAUCACAGUCGACCCACUGGAGAGCAACAUGCAGUUAUCCGAAGAACAAAGUCGAUUAUAGAGAUUAUGUGAGAGCAAAGUUUUCUGAUUUUGACGUCAUGACUUUUGCUGGCUAUGGUAUUUGUAAGAAAGUAGAGUUUGUAAACAUCCGUGGUCAUCAAUGUGCUCAAUGUACGUCAAAAUGGUGGCAAGUAUUGAAUAAAUACAUGGCACACAUCGAUAGUUGGUUUUCAGCUUGUCAACUUGACGCUCGCACUGGUUCUAUAAUUUAUGAAGAUAACUUUGGCUACUAUAGUCAUGUUAACAAGAAAUUUCGUUGCACUGCAAGCAGGCUUUCGACAACCAACUGGUGGUUUGGUGGUUACAUGACAAUUUAAUUGCGAGAAACAUUUUAGCUAUCUAAUGAAUACCUUUGAUAUCGUAGAAGAGUAAAAUAAACGCGUAUUUAACA